GGGCUAAGGGCCGGCUGGAGCUGAACAGGAUCCCCAUCUGCACACUGGGCAGUGAGGUUCGGUGGUGGGUCUUUACGUGGGGUACGACCAGGCCAGCACACGUGUGCACAUCUGCUCUGCUGUCUGCCCUCCAGGCUGAGUGUGGGAGCAGAUGGGAAGAGAGUAGACACAGAUUGAAGGCCAACGACAGUGUUGGUGGAGCUCUUGGUGUCCAUCUUAGCAGGGCCCAGGAGCCACCUGCAUCAGCCAGCUAGAGCUGUGUAACAAAUUACCCCUAAACUUAGUGGCUUAGGGCAGCAAUCACUAGCCAUUCUCACAGUCUGUAUGGGUCAGCUUGUCUUUAUCCCACUGUGUCUGGGGCCUAAGCUGGGGCCUCCUGACCACUCACUCACUCUUAUGGUGGUUGGUGCUGCAUCAGCGGGGCCUAGCUGGAGCCAAGGACCAACAUAUCCACCAGGAGGCUCUCCAUGUGUCUUGGGCUUCCUGCCAAUAUGGUGACUGGGUUCCCUGGACAAGUGUUCUGAGGACAGAAUCAGGAGGAAGCCGUGCUGCCUUUUAUGACCUAACCUCAGAAGCCAGACAGCACCAUUUCCAGCAUAUUCUAUUGGUCAAAGCAGUUACAAAGGUCCACCUGGUUCAAGGGAAGGGAAUAAACCCCAUCCUUCAGUGGAGAUGUGCCCGUGGCACUGUGGGAUGGCAGUCAGCUACCGGCUACCAGGAUCAGGCCCCAGAACCUGACAGAGCCCUGGACACAGACAGGCUGUGGGGUGCCCUGCUGUGGAAGUGGGCAUCUUCCAGCAAGGAGUGUACAGGAGGUGGUGACACCCUGAGAUGGUUGGUGAUCCUGGCUCUUAAGGAGGGAGCCCAGCAUCCAGAUUCCAGGUGGCAGGGACAAGGGUCAGCAGGCAGGGGACUCUGGCCAGCUGAAGGCAAGGUGCUCCCUCUGUUUACCGGAAGGAGCUGUGGAUCCAGCACACCCCCCCCCCCCAGUCUGGACACCCCAUCUUGGGAAGGUGGGGGUGGGAAGAUCCAGUCUUGAGGAAAGCUGGCAGGUCAGGGCACUGCUGUCCUGGGAUGGGGCGCUAUACCCCAGUCAGUUACCUGAGGGGUGUCAGCAGGCCGACACUUGGGGGACAGGGUGGAAAACGCCAAUGGGGUGCUCCCAGCACACCCACUUAGCCCAGAGGCCACAGCUGCCUGCCCUCCAGGGUUCCCCCACCCCAGGGCAGGCCGGCGAGUGUCCUGAAGGAAGAAUGUUGGUUAAAGAAGUCUGACAGGUCUGAUCACCCGCCCUUCCCCACUCAGUGACACCAGAGACCCAGCGGUCUGGGGUGCGACUGGGGGGCUCAGCCUGGCCUGGGGGCAUAGCGGAGGCUGGCGGGGAGGCCGCGAGGGGCGGCAGCGGAGAGCUCGGACCAUAAACACACGACGCCCGGGUCUUGGACGUGGCGGGGAACGCGAGGCCCAGGAAGACGCCUGUGGGGCUGGGCCGGUUGUCACCACCCCUGCCCAGGGUCAGCCAGCGCGGCUCUGAGCUUCCAGCCCCAGGUUCGCCUCGCGCGGUCCCGCCCCUUCCGUCGAGGCCCCGCCUGCUCCGCUCCAGGCCCCGCCCCUUCCGUCGAGGCCCCGCCCCCCGCUCCAGACCCCGCGAGCAUGGUGGUGCUGAAGGGCAUCCCAGCGCUGCUGUCCCCCGAGCUGCUCUACGCCCUGGCGCGGAUGGGGCACGGAGACGAGAUCGUUUUUGCAGACGUGAACUUCCCCACCUCCUCCAUAUGCAGGUGUGGCCCGGAGGAGAUCCGUGCCGACGGCCAACAGGGCAGGUGGCACCAUCGGCAGCCAGGUGGGAGAGGACUGGAGUCUCAGGCUGGCACUGUGCCCUCAGGCCUGGGCAUCCCGCAGCUCCUGGAGGCCGUGCUGAAGCUGCUGCCCCUGGACACCUACGUAGAGAGCCCAGCUGCUGUCAUGGACCUGGUGCCCAGCGACAGGACGAAGGGCCUUCAGACCCCAGUGUGGAGGAGCUACCAGUCCAUCCUGUCCGGGGCUGGCUGCACGGACAUCCUGGCGAAGAUAGAGAGGUUUGAGUUUUAUGCGCGGGCCAAGAAGGCUUUUGCUGUUGUAGCAACUGGGGAGACAGCCCUCUACGGAAACCUCAUCCUCAAGAAGGGGGUGCUGGCCCCCGACGCCCUCUGCUAGGCCUGGCGAAGACCACAGGGCCCAGGAGGAAAUCUGGAUCUCUGAGCCAGACGACAGACGAGCUGGCCCCGCUCUGGAGCACCCAGACUGCAGCCAACCGGGAGCCCCGGGGGGCCAGGCCAGUCCUGGGAGGGGUCUGGGACUGGGAUGCACCCAAUUUAUGAAAAUAUCAGAAACCGUAGUGGUUUGUCAGUGUCCAGAGGCCUCAACAACAGCCCCACCCUCACAAA